UCUCACAGCUAAAGACAUGCAGGUUAGGUGAACUGGAAACUUUAAAUUGUCCAGAUCGCUUGUAAAAAAAAAGAUCUUGAUCUCAAUUAGACUAACCUGGUUAAAUUAAAAUACGGAAUUACCCCAAAUUACCUGGGUGGGGGGGAGACUGAUAUGGCAUGUUCACACUGUUCAAAAGAUCAGAUCUCAGUGUUCUGACCCUUCUCCCAGGAGCCACAUGGUCCUCAUAACUGAUCAGGUUUGAAUAAGCUGUAGAACCAAACAUCCAAGGUUUUGGUCAGGCUGUCAACCCAAAUCCAUACUUUGGCAUAUUCAGAUUUUAUUCAGAUUUAUUCUUGAAAGUCUGAGCAUCACAUUUUUGCAAAUCUGAUUCAAAGUGUGUUUGAAAGUGGUUUAAAAUUCCAAUCUGAUUUCUUAAGAAGCAUCUGUCUGGAUGCAUAAAUUGGAUUUCAAACAUGUCUUUUCUGUCGCUUUAAAUACAAUGACGACAUCAAAUCCACAGUGACGGCAGUGCAGACAGUUUGUCUCAAAAGAUCUGAUUUGAGUGAAAAAAAGAGAUUUCCCUGCGCUGUGAGCGUAGCCCAAAUCCAAGAUAACAGCUCAGUUUGUAGUUUUUCACUUGCACAUCAAAGUGUAUGGCAAUCUUAUUUGAAUAAAAGGGAAUAAAAUUUGAAUAAAAGUGCUGGUAUUUGCAAAUUUAAUGAAAAUAUGUGUGAUUCACCAUUUUGGAGCUAUUGAACCAAACUUGCGCGAGCUAUUGAAGUAUUCUUUUAAAACUAGAGCUCUUGGCAAAACUCUAUUGUAUCUAGUAAUGCUAAAUGUCCAGCAGGUGGAGACAAAGCUUCAUUUCAAGAACCUUGCAUAUAGCCUGCUGUGGAACACUGCUAAUAAUGACCAAUCUGUUGUUUAUAUUAGCAGUUGUAGGAUUGUUCAUUGAACAGCUUUUCCUUAUCUUAGGACCCUGUCACACCUUGAUGAUUUAAGCAGCGUAUGUCGACCGUAUUAAAAACUCUGACAUACGCUGAAUUUUUUUUCACUGCUGGAUGUAUACAUAGCGCAUUCAUAACCAGUUGGACAUAUACAUGUCGUAUUCCUAACUUAUAUAUAUAUAAUGUUUCAAUUAAUUAACACCAACGACUGCAUAGCAUGUUGCGGGUUACACAUGCAAUUUACGCCUAACAAUAUCUGUCUUACGCAAAGUGUGUGGCAGAGUAUCACUGACGAGCACGGGGCGAUCACAUGUUGUAGACCUAUAUAUGGCUGCGCUUGACAAUCACCGCACUCGACAUCGGAAGAUCAGCAUGUUGCAACAACCUGCUAGCAAGAACUCUCUUGGCUGAGGCUGGGGGUGAAAGGUGCCAUGAUCACCCAGUCAACCUCUGGAGAAGAUGCAGGCUCCAACACCUCUCGGGCUUUGUCCAUGGCGUUGGUUGCUGCGUCCGUGGCCCCUAUGGACGCUCCACUUGCCAAGAAGAGGAGGGCCAAGAAGAUGCUGUUUUGUCUUAAUGUCCAAGAGCAGCAGCUCAAGUGUGAUUUAAUUCAUGAGAAUGCAUGCCUGUGGGACAUUAAGAAGAGUGACAAUGAGAAACCCACACCCAUCACCCACACCCGUCUCAACAAGAAAAAGGGCAGAGACGGCGCCCCAAAACUGACUGAGAGGGAGCAGUGGGUGAAGGCAAGCUUCGCCUUCCUCAAAACUGUGGUCCACCAUCGUGCCGAGCCCGUCUACUGUGUGAAGGAAACCAUCACAGCACAUACCGGGGACCUUGAGGCUGCCAAGGCUGCCUGUGCAGACAUCGUGGGGGCUUCUGACAGCACACUCUUCCCUAUUCCCUGCUCAACACUGCCCAGGGACAAGCGUGGCCAGGAAGAUGAUCAGUUGCUGCAUUCAAUGCAGAAGAGGGUGUAUGAGUCUGGGGAGGUCCUCAAAGGUUUCGUUCAGCCUCAGCCCAUCACAGCCACUGCACUCUUUGCAAAUUAUGUGCGUGACAGUUUGGUCAGCAUGUCCAAGAGCAAGUUCAGGAAGGUAUGUUCACAGAUAAACACCAUCCUCAGUGACCUGAUGGACAAGGACAGUGAGCAAGAACUUCCCCAAUUCACCACCGUUCCUGUGCCUGUUGCUGUGCGACCAGUUUCUGCGCCAGCUGCCUACACUCCCACAGGCAAUUACCAGCCACUUCUCCACAUGUGGAGAUACCAAGCACCAUCUACUUCAUCAGUCUUGGGUUCACAUCCAGCUGGGUAUGUAGACCUGUACAUGCAGCACCAGCAGCAGCAUGUACAGCAGAUGGGUUUCGGCCUCCGCAUGGAAUCACACAGCAAAGAUCCACCUCUAUAUCUGCUGCUUUAAAUUCAGCUGGCCAGUUACGGCACCCGAGCCUAAGCACCCUUGUAUGAAGGGUCAAAGUGAUAAAAAUUAAUUGAAAUAUUGA